AUGUCCAUCAUCCGCGAGCACACACAGGCGACGCUGAGCGACGCGUGGCGCACCAUCAACAUCGACGCGCUGGAGGAGGACUCGUCGGUCAACUUCGACACGGCGACGCUGCACCCGAGCACGGCAGACCCGGCGGCGGCGCUCAGCGAGGCCGACGUCCGCCAGCUGACGGGCCAGGUGCGCCAGCUGCUGCGCGGCGGCGACGCCGAGGGCGCCCUGCGCGGCUGUCUCGAGAGCCCGGCCUACGGCGCGGUCGACGCCGCUCGUGAGGCGGCCCUGCAGACGGUCAUCGAGGUGCUGCAGAGUAUCAAGGCGAGUGAUAUGACGCCGAUGCUGCAGCGGGUUUAUGCGAGCCCCGGGGGGAGUGAGUGUUUGGAUGUGUUGAUGAAGUAUUUGUACAAGGGCAUGGCGGCCACCUCAUCUGCCUCUUCCGGCAGCGCGCCGCGCACACCGACCCGCAUGACGCCCCAACAGACCGGGUUCAGCCAGAUUGGCCCUCGCCCCGGUGCCCCGACCGAAUCGACCGGCGCCGCCAUGAGCGUGCUGCUUAGCUGGCAUGAGAAGGUGGUUGAGGUGGCGGGGCUGGGAUGCAUAGGCCGGGUCAUGAGCGAUUGGCGGAGGGUGUAA